UCUAGUCUGGCUAUGUCUCCUCUCGUGAGCCCCGGAUCGUCACGAUGCCAGACCCCCGACAGGGCGGCCAAAAAGCCCAGGGAGGAGAACGCCUCGCCGGCCGUUUCCUCACUAAAAUGUGAUAAAGAAACCACUGAUACAGGUCCUGGAGUAGAACGCUCGUCGACGCCCGAGGUCCCGGUUACGCCGAGGUCAGACUCCGGAGGAAGCAGCGGCAAACGGAAACGCAAGAUCCAGUUGGUAUCUGUGAACAGAGGAGAUCAGAUAUCGCUGCCUCCGCCCCCUGAACUGGGUUACACUAUUACUGUGAAGGACCUGGACAUGGAGAAAAAAGCUGCUCUCAGCCAAAUUCAGAAAGUCCUGAAGGAACCUGAGCCGGAGAAGCCCAGUUCCACCUCUGCACCGAAUCCGACCCCUGCUCCCUGUUUAGACAUCUUUUCCAAACUAGCCUCAUCGUCCUUACCCUCAUCCGCCCCUGCGCUCAGCUCCCCAUCGCUGGCGUCUCUAGCCACGUCAUCUGCCGGACCUCCGAGCACCUCCGGCGCGGCGUCCACUGCAGCUUCAGCGCCCACGAUCGACCUCACCGUCACCCCCUCCAGCAUGAGCGGUCCCGCAUUGGUUCCAACGGCGAUGCUCCCUACACUCGUCACCAGCAUCACUACAGUCACCGCGGCCCCCAAACUGACGAAUCCACUACUGGAGUCCCUGAAGGACAUGAAGAGAAUAUCGGCACUGAGUUCUCCUCCCACGACGGCUGCUGCUACCUCCACAGCUCCUGAAACGUCUGUGGCGGCGCCUCCCGCCAGCGUCACCUCCGUCUCUCUGAGCAUCGGCGCCGUGAAGUCUGAGCCAGCGCUCUCCUCCGCGCCCUCCGCCUUCGCCCCGGUUCUGUCCAAGCCUCUGUCGUCGACGCCUAGCGCGUUGGCCUUCGGAGGGGGCGGCGUCUUGGGCCCUGCUUCUACCGCGCCCGCGUCCUCUGCGCCCGCUCCUUCUGCCGCCUCGACGCUCACUCUCGGCGGUACAGCCGGUCUGAAACCGGCAGAAUCCGGGUUCAAGCCUAUUUUCGGGGCGGGAAGUCCAGCACUGGUGUCCACGGCAGAGGUCAAACCUACUCAACCCACUUUCAAACCCAUGUUCGACGGUGCGUUCGGACAGCCGGCGACAUCCACGUCCGCUAGUGCGUCUGCUUCGCUUUUCGGCGGGAUAACAAACGCUCAAGCGGCGUCUUCGGUUCCCUCGACGACGUCCGGUACCCCCAAUCCCACCCCCUCUCUAUUUGGCACAAUGAAUAACAGCCACAUGGCUUCUUUAGUCCCUUCGUCCACUUCAAAUACCCAGAAUUCCACUCAGUCUCUGUUCGGUGCUCUCGCUAACACCAAGCCAGUCGCUCCCUCUGUCCCUUCGUCCACCUCCAGUACCCCGAAUUUCACUCCAUCCCUGUUUGGCGGACUUACUAAUAGCCAGCCGGUCCUCUCGUCCACCACCAGUACUCAGAAUCCCACCCAGUCCCUGUUUGGUGGACCUAAACCCACCCAGUCUACGCCUGCCUCAAUCCCUUCAUCUAAUCCCAAUUCCCAAAACACCACCGAGUCCCUGUUCGGGGCCUGGAGCGCCCCUAACAGCACCUUUCAGUUCGGAGCUUCUGCAGCUACCACAGCCUCAGCUUCAUCUGGAAUUACCACGAGCGCCACGACCACCAGCAACACCAACACCAGUUUCCAGUUCGGUGCUUUAAAACCAGCGCAGAGCGCCCCGUCUGCGGCGCCCCAGAGCGCGUUUACGUUCGGCCAAAACGCACCCGCUACCCAAUUUACCGGAAUCGGUCUGGCAAACAAUUCAACACCGUCAUCGACGGCCCCGACGACUCAGGCCGCGUUCGGAACCUCGGCGUUCAGCGCCCCGAAACCCUUCGGCAACGCCCAGCCGUCCACCCCAGCCAAGACUUUUGGGUUUAACGCAGGCGCAGGAGGGAGCGCGCCAUCGUUCGGGGCGCCCGCCAGCACCGCCGCGCCGACCUUCGCCAACUCGACGCAGCCCACCUUCGGAGGACCCUCAUCCGGUUUCAAUUUCGGGAACACCAGCGCUCCGACGAUGAACGCUCCCUCCGGGUCGGCCUUCGCGUUCGGAGCAGCACCGGCCACGCCCCAGAACUCUGCAGCGUCGGGUGGCUUCAAUUUCUCAGCGUCGCUGCCCGGGACGCAGUUCGUAACGCCGGCGGCGCAGCAGCCUCAGGCCGGAUUUUCCUUCGGGGCUGCCGGCACGGAUAAUAAUUCUACUUUCGGAACUUCCACCCCUGCGUUCGGCGGUGCUGGUGGACCCGUCAUGUUCGGCAGCCCCAGUACUCCACAAGGAUUCGGAGCCCCUGCCCUCGCCACGCCCUCGGCCUCGUUCUCCAUCGGCGCGGGCUCCAAAACAGGCAGCGCACGGCAGAGACUGCAGGCACGCAGGCAGCACACGAGGAAGAAGUAACACCCACCCCGAGAGACCCGUUCCCUAAUCUCUGUCUGUUGGCACAUGCGACGCCCCUUUUCAUCUUUACAAGCUGCUGCUGCUGACGGAACCUGAUCCGACUUCUGGACUGGAGUGGACUGGACUGGGCGGCUCUGUAAAAGCUGCUCAGAUGGACGGCUUGGAGAACACUUCGGUACCGUACGCGGUCUGCGAGGGGGGUACACAGGGGCGCAACUCGAAAUAAGUGAAUAAUGAGACGAUUCAAAUCCUGGACGUGAAAGUGAAUCUGCUCUGAUUCUGGUCGUUUGCUUUUCAGGGGUUUUGUGCAGAUUUAUUUUUGUUUUUGUUUGUUUUUCCUUUUUAAACGUGGUCGUAUUUGCAUUACAUUAAAUGCAUCGAAGCCCUUUUUAAUUUUAAUUCAUUUGAGAUCAGUACCUGCGAGAAUAUAUGAUUUUUAUUCUUUGGAUGACUGAGCAUGAAUCUUGCUCGGGCUGCCUACCGAUUAAAUAAUAAAUAUUAUAUAUUUUAGUUCCACAUGUUCAUGGUUUCAGUGCGUUGAAUUGCAAAAUAAAGUUAUUUGUAUUUUCUGUUGCUUUUAUGGCACAUUCCUUUAAAUAAUGAAUGUUUGUGUGUUUGUUUAUCGCUGACACAUGAGCCUGAUCGUUCAGAUCUCUGGAUUUUACCCCAGACUGUGUGCUUUUAUUUUUCACCUGAACAAAAGGGAACGUUUGACAGUUUGAAUAUUUAUACGUGAUACGUUAUUCAUUUUAUACAGUUUUUCUGAAGAGUGUAAAUAAAUGUGUGAUUAUUGAUGGAUGGAGAGUCGAGCUGAUGUGUGUGUGUGUGAUUUGAAAAUCUGAUUCCAGAAGCCUCAGAUUUUGUUUUGGAUUAAUACAGAUUAUUAUUAUUAUUAUUACAGAAAUCGGACUAAGAUACGGUCCAGAUUUUGAAAUUUAGUACCAGUUAUCUUUGGUUUGCCAGCAUGCAUCACAGAUUCACUCCUGGGCAAGAAAAACAACAAAUCCUAACAACUAAUCAUUAAACUAUAGAUAAAGGAACACUUGAUUUCUUUAAAUGUUGAAGUUUUUGGGGAUAAAAAGGUAUUUUGUCCACUUAAACUGAUGAAACAUGCUGAGCUGGUCUGGGUUUAACGUAACCGAAUAUUCUCUAUAGCAGUGGUCCUCAACUACCGGGCUGUGGGUCAAUUAUUACCGGCUCGCAAAGAAAGAAUAAUUAAUUAGAGAUGCUACAAGAGCAAUUAAAUUUCCAACACACUUCACUUCGGGUGUUUCUGCCUCCAAUCACCACUAGGUGGUGCUCAGGAUUAACACUGAUUUUCCAUUCUAUAGUUAUUCUAUUCUAAACCCCUAUUCAGUUCGUGAAAUUAUAUCUUAUAUGAAACUAGUCUGUGGUGCUAAAAAGGCUUAAAUCUGGACACUGACCAGGUCAUCUGUUGUAAAUACUUAUACUUUUGGGCCUCAGUUUUGCACAGGAGUGUUUGUUUAUCCCUCAUGUUUUUCAGUGCAGAACGUCUUUGUCAUUUUUGGAAUUUGUUUUAAUCCCAAUUUACUCCACUAUGGCUCCCUUAUCACACAAUCGUUCUGUGAGGGUACGGCUAACACGUGCUUCCUUCUGCUUUAAAAACAACUGCUGCUUAUUUCUAAUUUGGCAUCGUUGAGCAGAUCAGCGUGCUUUAAAAAGCGUCCCAACUCUGUACCGGUUUGUGUUGCGUAUGUGUAUUAUUACUGCUUUCGUCUUAAUUUACACCCCAGAGCUGAGUGUGUGUCCAGAAUUAUCAACAAUAAACCCAAAUCAGAAAUGUCA